AUUUAGCAAGAAGACGCGAACGCGGGAUUUCUCAGAGGAAAACCCGAGAAAGGACUAGGCCCGAGCAUUUUCACCGCGUCUUGUUUCGUUCGGAACUUGAUUUUACAACAUUUGACGUCGUGAACAGAACGUGGUUGGAAAAUGGAAGCAACAAGUAAGAAAAGAUCUGUUAUGCAAUGGACUGAAGAAAAAGACAUGGAGAUGAUGCGACAAAUGACAGCCAGUGGAAUUUUCUCCCAUAAGUGUGGUAGUAGGGAACGUGGCCAAGUUUGGCAAAACAUUGCAGCAAUUUUGAAUUUAAUGGAAGGAUAUGCAGUGAAUCCCAGAUCGGUAAGAGAUCGCUUCACUAAUCUUAUGCGAAAGUACAAGGCUAAAAAUAAUAAAGAAAUAAGAGGUUCGGGACUUGGUGGAGACCCACCAACAGAGUUUGAUACCUUAUUGGAAGAUUUAAUAGAACUGAGUGACGAAUGUGAUCUGAAACACGAACUUGCUGUAGAAGAGAAGAAAAACUCUGCAAAUUUAGAGCAGCAGAAAGCACUAGAGGUUAGACAGACAGCCAUGGAAAGAAUGAGCGAAACUAAGAAAAGAAAUGGUGACGAAAAUGAAGAACCAAGUAGCUCGAAAAGAAAUAGACGCUCAACAUCAGAAACUAUAGAUUUUUUGCGGCAAAAGAUGGCUCAUGAUAAAGAAUUACAGGAGCAGAAGGAAGCUAAGCGAUGUGAAAAAAUUAACCUACAAAAAUCCCAAAUGGAUCAGACAACAAAUAUGCUCACAGCUUUUCAGUCGAGCAUCCAACAACAAGCAGUACAACAUGCAGAUCAACAGAGAAAUAUUUUACAACUCAUAAACCAACAACAACAACAAUUCCAAAUGUUCAUGACUAUGUUUUCUCAAAAUAAAAAUAAUGAUAAAAAUUGAACUUUUGCCACACUUGGAACUUUAAACGUUGAAAUGUUUUGUUGUUAUUUUUUGUUGUGAUAGUCAAAUCAUCAAAAGCUACUUUUUCUACAAGAUUGUAUAUGUUAUUAUACAAAAAACCUUUUGUCUUAUGAGACUUGAAAGUAUGGUUUAAAAAAAAACAGUGUGAGGAAUCACAUUUCAAAGAGAAAUAAGUUUUGUUCUCAGAAUUUUGAUAUUUUUUAAAAUAUAUUUAUUGUGUUUUUAUAAAGACACCUACAUACUGUAUAUAUUAGAAACUGAUAUUUUUUGCUAAAUAUAUUUAUAUAUUUUGUUCAUAGUCUUGUGUAUAUUCAUUGAAAAUAUUCUUGUAGAGUCGGUGGCUCCUCUUCGAAAUAACUGGAGGUCAUGUUUCCAUACAAACAUGUACGUGCAUUAUGCAAUAUACCACAAACCAGCACUGUCUUGCCAACUGGACUUCGGCCAAGUGUCAUAUCCUUCUUGUAAUCCACGAAUUUAAAGAAAUUUUUUACAUCGCCAAACAACCAUUCUACCGACACUCGUACUGCACUCAUGGCUUUGUUGUAAUUUUUUUGAGCGGGUGUAAUGUUUGGUGCUCGAUGUGGUGUUUGUAUAUGCACAGACAGAGGAUAAGCAGGGUCCCCAUAAAUGCAAAGUGCUUGACCGUUAUACCAUGCAUGGGCUUGUAGUUCUGCUAAUGUCCCUGAUUGAUGCAGCAUGGUGCUGUCGUGUCGUCUUCCUUCAAAUGGCCCUUUGAAGUUAGCAAUAAGUCCAUUUGGCAAAGCAAUACUCUGAAACUUCAGAGCGUGCACACGUUUAUGACCAUUGUAACACACUCUUUGGUUUUGUUUGGGCCUGGCUAUUCUUAUGACAGUUCCAUCAACAAAACCGAAACAAUUCAGCAGCGGUGCACCUUUCUGAUAUAUCGUGUCUGAAUAUUGUUGCAGUUUGGCCGGUUGUAAGAAAGCUUGGUUCCAUGAGUUUAAUCUGUGAUUGUGAUUUUCAUAAACAAAGUCUAAUACAGUGUUGUAAAUCAAGCAUAACUCGGUAGGAUUACGUCCAAAACUAGCAACCAUAUCUGUAUAUCGGCAAGGGAAUGCUAAGCGCUUGAGAAAGAUGCAUAACCCCUCCAUUCCUGAGCAAACUGUUCUUUGACUAGUCACAAUUUUAUCUGGUAAUUGGAGGGCAUUUUUCAAAUCACUCAAAUCUGUUUGGCGAAAUCUCAGUUCAGUUAGACAGCGUUGAUCAUCCCAUAAGUUCAUGUCAAAUGUAGGAAAAUUCCAGUAAGGAUAAAGUUCUCUUGACAUAUUUAACUCUGUUAACAAGAAAUAUUCCUCGUCGUCGAUCGCAUCAAAAGCAUACGCAAGAAGAAUAGCUUCACGAACCUCUCGAAGCCCUUGAACAGCUGCCAUAUUUGUUUACUUUUUUCCGCGCAAUUGCUAAAUCAAACUUUCGCUAAACAUUUGGAGGGAACGGCAUCUUAUCACAACGGCGUUUCAAACAGCGUUGGCGUCUUCUUGCUAAAUAAGCCUAUUAGCUAGGUGAACGUUAUUGAUAAGAUGAUUGAAGAAUGCUUGGAGAAUUUUAAACGUGGAAAUGUGUUACCAUGACUUGUUGUGGUGAAAUAUCGAACAUAACGAAAUAGCAUAGCCGCAAUAUUUCUACCAGCCGUUAUUUUACGAUGCGCAAUUAUUCCUUCCAUAUCACCAAUUUCAAGUUCAAAAUAUCAAAGAUUACCAUCCCUUUUUGCAGUUCCAGUCAAUUCAAGGAAUUAUCAAAGCGGCAAAUUAUUAAAGAAAUAAGAAUGUCGACAGAUGGAAAUGCUCUUACAGGAUUUAGAAUAUUAUGGUUCAAUGCCAGUACUUUUUCCAAGUUCAAGUAACCUUACUAACCUGAAAUUUCAACCAGGGUGGCCGAGUGGUUAAGGCGUUGGACUUAAGUUCCAAUGGACAAUUGUCCGCGUGGGUUCGAACCCCACCUCUGGUAUUAGCUUGGUUAAUCUGGGUGAUAAGAUGAUUGAAGGAUGCUUGGAGAAUUUAAACGUGGAAAUGGGUUUGUCAUGACACGUUUCGGCAAAGUAUCGAACUUGGAGAAAGAGAAUAGUUACAAUAAUUCUACCAGCCGUUAUUUCACGAUGCGCAAUUAUUCAUUCCAUAUCUCAAAAUUUCAAAUUCAAAGUCCCAAUUAUUACCAUCCCUUUUUGCAGUUCCAAUCAAUUUGUUGAAUUAUCAAAGCGGAAAAUCAUUAAAGAGAUAAGAAGGUCGACAGAUGGCAAUGCUCUUACACGAUUUAGAAUAUUAAGGUUCAUUGCCAGUACUUUUUCUAAGUUCAAGUAACCUUAUUAACCUAAAAUUUCAACCAGGGUGGCCGAGUGGUUAAGGCGUUGGACUUAAGUUCCAAUGGACAAUUGUCCGCGUGGGUUCGAACCCCACCUCUGGUAUUAGCUAGGUUAAUCUGGGUGAUAAGAUGAUUGAAGGAUGCUUGGAGAAUUUAGACGUGGAAAUGUGUUUGCCAUGACACGUUGUGGCGAAGUAUCGAACCAAGAGAAAUAGAAUAGCUGCAAUAGUUAUACCAGCCGUUGUUUCACGAUGCGCAAUUAUUCUUUCCAUGUCACCAAAUAUCAAGUUCAAAAUCUCAAGGAUUACCAUCCUCUUCGCAGUUUCAGUCAAUUUAAUGAAUUAUCAAAACUGAAAUUUUUUAAGGAAAUAAGGACGUCGGCAGAUGUUAAUGCUCUUGCACAUCUUAGGAUACUAAAGUGCAUUUCCAGUACUUUUUCUAAGUUGAAGUAACCUUAUUAACCUGAAUUUUCACACAGGGUGGCCGAGUGGUUAAGGCGUUGGACUUAAGUUCCAAUGUACGAUUGUCCGCGUGGGUUCGAACCUCACCUCUGGUAUUAGCUAGGUCAAUCUGUGUGAUAAGAAGAUUGAGGCAUGCUUAUAGAGUUUUAACCGUGGAAAUGUGUUAUCAUGAUACGUUGUGGUGACGUAUCGCACAUGGCGAAAUGGAAUAGCAACAAUAAUUCUACAAGCCGUUAUUGCACGAUGCGCAAUUAUGCCUUAAUUAUCUCAAAAUUUCAAACUCAAAAUCCUAAAUAUUACCAUCCCUUUUUGCAGCUCCAUUCAUUUUGUUGAGUUAUCAAAGUGGCAAUUUAUUAAAAAAUAUGAAGGUCGUCAAAUAGUAAUGCUGUUGGGCGAUUUAGAAUACUAAGGAUCAUUUCCCGUACUUUUUCCAAAUUCAAGUAACCUUAUUAACCUGAAAUUUCAACCAGGGUGGCCGAGUGGUUAAGGCGAUAGACUUAAGUUCCAUUGGUCAAUUGUCCGCGUGGGUUCGAACCCCACAUCUCGUAAUAGCUAGGUUAACCUGUGUGAUAAGAUGAUUGAAGGAUGCUUGAAGAACUUUAAACAUUGAAAUGUGUUACCAUGAAACGUUGUGGCGAAGUAUCAAACUUGGAGAAAUAGAAUAGCUACAAUUAUUCUAGCAGCCGUUAUUUCACGAUGCGCAAUUAUUCAUUCCAUGUCACCAAAUGUCAAACACAAAAUCCGAAAUAUUACGAUACUUUUUUGCAGUUCCAGUCAAUUUUUUGAAUUAUCAAAACGGCAAAUUAUUAAAGAAGUAAGAGAAUCGAGAGAUGUUAAUGCUCUUGCGCGAUUUAGAAUACUAAGGUUCAUUGCCAGUACUUUUUCCAACUUUAAGUAACCUUAUUAACCUGAAAUUUCAACCAGGGUGGCCGAGUGGUUAAUGCGUUGGACUUAAGUUCCAAUGGACGAUUGUCCACGUGGGUUCGAACCCUACCUCUGGCAAUAGCGGGGUUAACCUGUGUGAUAAGAUGAUUGAAGGACAUUUGGACUGUUUUAACCGUGGAAAUCCGUUAACAUGACACGUUGUGUUGAAUUAUCCCACAUGGCAAACUAGAAUAGCCCCAAUAAUUCUACCAGCCGUUACUUCACGAUGCGCAAUAAUGCCUUCCAUAUCUCAAAUUUUUAAACUCAAAAUCCUAAAUAUUACAAUCCCAUUUU